CCGAGGCCACGAGGGGAUCCACGACAUGUCCCUAUUUACUAUGACACUAAUGCGUUUGAUUUGGUACUUGAUAUAGCACCGUCUACCAACUAUGAAGAUCGUCAUCGUGGGCGGUGGCAUCGCCGGUCUCACGACGUACCUCGCCCUGCAGAAGCACCUCCCGCGGCCUCCCGCCCCAGCCGCAGACCAUGAAUACAGAAUCUACGAGCCCUACAACACACCGCACAACAGUUCCUCCGACGAGCAGCCUCAGAGCACCACGCACUCCUCCACCCUGACAGUAGGCGGCGGUCUCGGCGUCGGACCCAACGGCCUGCAUGUCCUGCACCGCCUCAACGAAGACCUACUCCACGACAUCGUCCGCAGCGGCUACAUCGUGGACCACAGUAACCUCAAAAGCAAGCACGGCCACCUCCUCCUACGGCUCCCAACCUCGGGAACCGGCGGACAGCAAACCCAGCACGAACCGAUGCACAUGCUGGCAAUCAGCCGCCACGCACUCUGGAGCAGCCUGCGGCGCGCAGUCCCGGACAGCGUCCUCACCACCAAGCGCGUCUCCCACAUAGCCACCGACGCCUCCAGCCAAAACCUCAUCUCUUUCACCGACAACAGUAACCCCGAACCAGCAGACCUAGUCAUCGGCGCCGACGGGCUGAAAAGCACAGUCAAGCACGCGCUGCUCCCGGACACCGAACCCCAAUGCGAUGCCCACGCACCACACUACGAAGGCCUAGUCGGCGUAGGCGGCUUCCUCACCCCGCCCAAAACCGUACGCAACCUCAUCGAACCAGGCUCCAUGAACUUCCUCUUCAGCGGCAACGGCUUCUUCGGCUACUUCUGGGCCGAAAGCGCACCAGCCGAUCCACAGCGCGACUCCCCGUCUCACGUUGCGCAGCCGGGCGACACACUGGCGUGGUGGGCCACCUACGCGAUUGACCCCUGUCCGUCGGACGCGGAGCUCAAACGCAUGGACCCCGAUACUCUGACCGCGCGUCUGCGCGAGAGGUAUUCCGGGUGGUCGGAUCCAGUUGUCUGUGCCCUGCUGCAGGGUAUUCGGGUGCAGAGCGUUUGGCCUACUUGGACGGCGGCACCGCUGGCUAGCUGGGCGCGCGACAGUAUCAUUCUUGUUGGGGAUGCGGCCCAUGCGUUGCCCUCUACAUCGGGGCAAGGGGCGUCACAGGCGCUGGAGGAUGCGGAGGCGUUGGGGCUGUUGCUUCGUGGGUUCUUGGAGCGGGGGUAUCAGGGGCUUGAGGUAGAGGAUGGUGGCGGAGAAAUAGUGGGGGUUGGUGCAGUGGAGAGGCGGGCUGUUAUGCUGGCUGGGAGAGAGUAUGAUGCCAUGCGGCGGCCCCGCGUCGAGGCGAUCUUGCGGCGGGCGAGGAGGAUGCAGGAUUCCAAGCGCGAUAUGGGCGUUGUAAGGGAGUAUAUUAUGUAUGUGGGUCUAUGGGUUAUGGGGUUCUUUCCGGGGGUCUUUGAGAGGGGGCUGGAUGAGGCGUAUGAGUAUGAUUUGCCGGGGCAUGUUGAGCGUGUUCUGGAGGAGAGUAGUGGGUUUGGUGGCUGUGGUGAGGCGUAAUUCGUUGUUGCGAUGAGGUGCUCGGGAAGCUGAAAAGAAGGGGGUCUUGGGGGUUAUCCCCCGGAAACGCUUAUAUUAUGGUUGUAUAUUGAGGUGCCUGGGUCGACGAAGUCAGGCUUCGCGGCAGUCGAGGGCCAUGCAAAGUGGAG